AUGAAUUUGAGGAAAGCGAAUUUCGACCUUCAUUAUGAUUUAGAACUUGCUCGUUCGAAGGGUAAACUUUCAGAUGAGGAUAUCGAUAAACAUGUAAAAAAGUUGUUGGAUGACAAAGAUAUGCCAGGAGAAUAUAAGGACUUUCUGUUGUGUGCUCUAAUGAAUGAGGGAAGGCUUCUAUCACUUAAGGGGAAAGGAGAAAAUAAUUAUAACGAUAAGCAUUCUACAUUUAGGAAAAAUCUCUUAAGCAUUCUUAAAAAACCAUAUGAUGAAGAGGAGUACAAAAGGCUUCGGCUUGACAUCGAAGUCCAUAGAGCUCACCACUUGGACCCGCAUGUAGUAAAGCUGGAUAAAUCCUAUCUCGAUCAUUAUCCGGAUCUUAAGGAAAAGCUCUUAAGGUUCCAAGAUGACGAACCAAAAUGCUUGAAUCUCUUGCGUGGAUUCUUCUUUUGGCUUCAAUAUCUACCGAUGGAAGGCUCAUUUGAACCAUGGAAGGACCCUCUAAGCCUCAUGGUGAAACAAGAACGCCGUCCCUCCUGA